CGGUUCCUUCUUCGAAGUAAUCCGUUUUUUACUCAUGCAGCCCUCUGUGUAUGGAUGUACAGUGACUGUCUUAAUUCUUUGACUUGGACGUCAAGUUUCAUCAGACAACGGGGAGUAAACCACAACCUCUGACAUUUUCGAUGCAAUCGGUUGUAGUCAACCAAAAUUGCAACCAGCCUCACGCCCUAAUGGUAUCGACUGCCAUGGAGAAUAGAAAAGAGACAGAAGAUCUAAAGCUGAGUGCGAAAAAACAGCCAACCGAUUUGAAGGCUCUGGAUGAACUUGUCUUUCAAGAAGUUACCGCAGACACGAUUUCGUCCGUUUCCAUUCUAGGUAAACGCAUAGUUCGUCAAUACGCGAGUGAAUUUGUUUUGCCCGAUGAUACCCGCGUCGCAGUCAGCAGAUUUGAGGCAACUAAACCAUCAGAGGAUCAUGAAGAAGUAACACUGAGUCUUUCUAUAGCCCUUCGCUUGAACGAACAACAAUUGGCCAAAGCAACGGCGAUUGCAGAUCGACAGGAUGACCAGGGAACGGAUUCCGGGGCGGUGACUAGCAUGUCGGGAACAAGCUCUGACGAAAUGUUCACUGACACCUCUCUAGGAAUGGACAGGGAGCAUUACUAUGGAACGAAGUAUGAUUGGGAGAAUCCUGAGCACAUGGAUUUCGAUGAAGCUGGAAUCGGACGAGAGGACAUUCGCACAUGGAUUAAGCAUUGCCGGACACCACGAGGUUUGCGGAUAGUGGAUUAUAUAGAUGACGAUCCGUGGGCAGCCACUAUUCUGUUGACCAACUUUAGUGCCAACGCAGACCUACUCCGCCAACUGGAAACUGGCUGUCGUACUGAACCGGAGGCCUACCGAAUGGAACGACUUCAACGAAGGCGUAACUGGGAGACUAUUAUUGAUGUGCGCCGAGAACCCACAGUUCGAUCAAUUGGUUUGAGUCGAACACACAGUGAAACGGAUUCGAUUUCAACAGCGUGUACAAACGUGGAUGAGGAUCAGUAAUACCCCCCUAGAAACCUUCCAAAACUUUUUAUUUGUUCAAAACAUUAUCGGGCAUUUCAUUACAUCACAUCCCGGACAUCAUCUUGAGAUAAAAACGGGUAGAAAAAGAACCUGGUUGACGAAGAAAGAAAAGUACGGCAUCUUUUUGCAGCUCUGUGCAAGGUUGUUUCUUAUUUGUGUUAGAUCAAUACACCCUAGCGCUGGCAUCAUGUGCGCAACCUAUUUUCACGGUAUGUUUUCAGCUAGAACACGGUGAUCGAUAAAUGGCAUUGAUCCGUCAAACAAUUGUGAAGAUUGCUACCGUACACCGUUUCGGUGAUGACACAUGCUCAUCUCUUCAUUACUGUAAAUACUCUGCUAUACCUCA